UAGGGGAGUAGAAGGAGUCGGAGUUCACUCAGAAAUUUGUGCGCCGCUUGUUUCUCUGUGUGGUACCGGAGCUGGAUGGUUGCUUCAUCGCUCAGAAAGUCCAACUUUUCGCUUCAGUAUUCAGAUGCGCGCUCUUUGAUGCGAUAAGCGGAUAUUUCACACUUUCCCGGAGUCCCAGAGAAGAGGCGAAGGCGCUCAACAUGAAAUACAAAAACCUAAUGGCCAAGGCGUUGUACGACAACGUGCCGGAGUCCCCUGAGGAGCUGGCCUUCCGGAAAGGGGACAUCCUGACAGUCAUCGAGCAGAACACAGGAGGCCUGGAGGGCUGGUGGCUCUGCUCUCUGCAUGGCCGCCAAGGCAUCGCCCCCGGCAACCGCUUGAAGCUGCUGAUCGGGCCCAUGUUCGAGGGCCAGUCCUCAGCUGCCGCCAACGCCGCCACGUCCGCCCAGCCCCUUCCUCAGAGCUCGGGCUACCAGCAGAAGGCUGGCGCAGCCCAGGGGCUCUACCAGGUGCCGCCGCAGCAGCAGGGCCAUCAGGGGAUUUACCAGGUUCCUGCGGGACAAGACAUCUACCAGGUGCCACCAAGGAGCACCCUGGCUUCUGACAACACACCCAGCAAGGUGGUGACCCCGACCAGAGUGGGACAGUCCUACACAUACAGCCCCGGCCAGCACAACCAACAGGACCUCUAUGAUGUCCCACCCAGCAGAUCACAGGGGGUGUAUGAUAUUCCAUCUAGUCAAAUGUUGGGAUCGCCGUACCCCGGACAGCAUGGCAGCGCCCGGUGCCAAGGGGUCUAUGACGUACCUCCAUCUCAAAUGGACCUCAGGACACAAGGGGUUUACGACGUACCUCCCUCUGCACAAGGGGUCUACUCGGUGCCUCCCUGCAGAACCAACCCUGCCCUCCAGGAUGGAAACUAUGACUUCCCGCAGCCUCUCAAACACAAACAGGAGGGCAUCUACGACGUACCCCCGCCCGCCCACAAGCCCACACAGAGCCCCCAGUCUCACUAUGACUUCCCCCCCAGCUCGGAGCCGACUGCCCAUCACCACCACCCUAACACCAGAGACAGUGAAGGCAUUUACGACGUGCCUCCCCCUGCCCUUCAUUCAGGAGCAGGUUCUCCAAACGAUGUAUACGACAUUCCCCGGGGCAUGCACCCCUCCCAGCCGAGAGCCUCACCCGCGGACAGGGACAGAAGCAAGGGUGUGUAUGACAUCCCUCCCCAGGAUGCUCGGGCGAUAGCAGAUGUGACGGACAGCGUGAACCGUCUGUCGUUCUCCAGCACCGGCAGCACACGCAGCAGCAUGUCCACCUCCUCCUCUUCGACGGGCUCCAGCUCUGAGGGCCGCCUUGCCCUGGAUCUGGACGCUGCUGUGCAGAGGCUGUACCGCCUGCAGCAGGGCGUGGAGGCCUCGGUCGCCGCCUUACAGAGCUUUGCAGCAUCCCCUCACUGGAGGACUUUUCCCUUCAUGGAACGCCAUGCCAACGAUGUCCGCACCGUGCUAGACAGGGUCCGGGCCGGCCUUGGGGACUUUGUCGUGUUCGGAAGAGGAGCUGCAGCGAACGCCACUGCUCUAUCUGACUCCAGUCUGCACAGUAAGCUGAGAAGGCAACUGGGACGACUCGAGGACUCCCAGCAGAUCCUCUUGCAGAUCUACCAGGCCUUCGAGAACUGCGGGUGGGCUCUUAACGCCCUGGCCUCCUCCGCCGCUGCCAAGCACCACAACAAGACUGAUGACCUGGACCGCUUCGUUAUGGUCUCCAGGACUUUGCCCGACGACGCCAAGCAGCUGGCCUCCACGAUUGGCAGCAAUGCAGAACUGCUGUUCAGGCGGGCACCCAUGGAUGGGUCCUUCUCUAGAGGGAGCACACCCGAUGAGAACAUGAUCCACCCACUGACCACCUCCUCCUCGGAUAAUGACAACUACGGCGGUCAGACCAAGCCUUUCCCUGUGUCGACCAGCCAAGAUAAAGACAACAUGAACAGUGAGAAGUGUGUUAAAAGCUGGAUGGAGGACUACGACUAUGUACAUCUGCAGGGCAAAGAAGACUUUGAACGUCAGCAGAAAGAGCUGCUGGAGAAAGAGAACAUCAUCAAGCAGAGCAAAGUUCAGCUGGGACAGGAGCAGAUCAAUCAGUUCAAGAAGCUGGAGCAGGAAGUGAUCAAACCGGUGGAGAAUGACAUCACUCAGUGGAUCUCACACCAACACCCUGCUGGAACCUCGGCUUCCUCAUCGGACUCUUCGUCCUCCUCCUCCCUGGGCGGAGGGGGAGGCCAUUUGUGCGGGCGGGACCGUCAGCUGCUGGGCUUCUACUCUGAGCAGUGCGAGCAGCACUUCGUCACGCUCCUCAACGCCGUGGACGCUUUCUUCAGCUGCGUCGGCGCCGGGCAGCCUCCCCGCAUCUUCGUGGCGCACAGCAAGUUCGUCAUCCUCAGCGCCCAUAAACUGGUCUUCAUCGGAGACACCCUGUCCAGGCAGGCGACCACGCCCGAGGUGGCCAACAGGGUGAUGAACUCCAGUAACGUGUUGUGUGACUUACUAAAGACCGUGGUGGCUGCAACCAAGACGGCGGCCCUGAACUACCCCAACACAGCUGCCGUCCAGGAGAUGGUGGACAGAGUCACUGAUCUCUCACAUCAUGCACAGCAGUUCAAAGAACAGUUGUUGCAAAUGGCUGCAUUGUGAUCUCCAGCUGUGUAACUCGUCCAUCGGGUCCUGUACAUUUCACCACAGACACCAUGUGUACAUUUAUCUAUCAUAAAUAUAAAUAUAUAUAUAUAUAUAUAUACAUAUAUAUAUAUAUUGCCCUUCAUUAAUCUUUGCGUGUUUUGGAUGUUGUAAAUAGUCUUGUUCUUUCUGUUCUGUAAAUAUUUGCUCUAUUUUUGUGUAGAUUGUUUUAUAUUAUGGUAUGAAUAUAUAGAUACAGUAUUGGUGUCUCUGUAGGAUGGACAUAUUUUCACAACAUUCCUGUCGCAUAUUACGAAGCACCUUAUGAGAUGUCCUAUUUUUUGUUUUCACUCCGUAGAAUGUUGUCGAUGCGCCCUACUGCUGGAUGUUGACAGUAGAUCUCAGUGUAAAUCAUUUUAAUGUCAGUCUCACCUUUUUCUUGCGGGUUUGGGGCUUUCCACAAAGUAAAGGACUGUUCUUAAACAUG